UGGGUCAGGAGACAGACCUGUCUCUAGACCGGCUACCGAGCCACUCUCCUCGCCAGUACUUCUUUGCCUGGCUGCUGAAGAGGCGGAUGUCUCCCCCCGUUCAUGACCGCCCUCUGUUAGCUCUUCCUCACUGUACAGUGGGGCUGAGCCCACAGCAUGCGAUACUUCGCUUGGUGAGGGAACACCAAAGGACAGGGGCAGGUAGAGGACACGUGAUUUCAGUGGGCUUGCUCCCGGGCCAUGCCAACUAACGGUUGUGUCUGACGUACCCACCGACCGUUGGCUGUAGGUGUCAGAGGUGACCUGGGAAGAGGAAGACGACCGAGCCAACCAAUCGAUGACGGCAGGGUUGUCGGUGGAGACACGACCACUGGAUGACACCGGGAGCACUGGCCUCUGCUGGCUGCGACUAGUGCUGCCUCGACCCCUUCCUCUGCUGCCACUUCUGCUCGCUCCUGAAACAUUGCCUCCUCUGCCACUCCUCUGCGUGUUUAACAAUUCUGUGUCCCUCAGUAACAAUUCUGUGUCACUCAGUAACGAUUCUGUGUCCCUCAGUAACGAUUCUGUGUCCCUCAGUAACGAUUCUGUGUCCCUGAGUAACGAUUCUGUGUCCCUGAGUAACGAUUCUGUGUCCCUGAGUAACGAUUCUGUGUCCCUCAGUAACAAUUCUGUGUCCCUGAGUAACGAUUCUGUGUCCCUGAGUAACGAUUCUGUGUCCCUGAGU